AUGCUGGAGAAUCAUUUAUUUCUUGGGCACGAUAAGCUCGAGUGCAUAGCGAAGGAAAUUCGCAUCAAUGAUACCAACGGGCGAAAUUUAUUUUCUGUAAAUCAAAAUGAAGUCACAAUCGGUGCACACGCAUUGCGAAUUGACGGUGAAGGUGGCGCCAUAUUUCGGGAAUCCAUACAAACGCCACAUAUACGCGCCGAACCGGCGCGCGAGCUGAGACUGGAAUCUCCAACACGUCAGCUGGAACUGACUGCAGCAAAGGAUAUAAAUUUGCAAUCGCGUGCCGGAGCAAUCGAAGUGACUGCGCUAAAGGAUGUACGACUGAGUGCGCUGGAUGGCAGUCUGCGCUUGGAGUCCUCCAAAAUACUCAUGCCGAAUUUGCGUACAGCACAACCGCCUUCAUUGGGAGCGCCACAAAGUCGUGACCAUUUACAUCGUGUCUUCCAGUUAUGCGCCUGUUCCAAUGGCAAACUCUUUCUUGCUGCGCCACAUUCGAUAUGCGCCGGCGAUGAUAGUACCGUUUGCAGAUGAUUGCCAGAACGGAGACAAUAAAGCGGG